AUGCCAGGCCCUUUGUCGUUAUUCUCCGUAAAUGCGGUCCUCAUAAUGUCGGCAGAUGAUGGAUCCCGCAUCCUCGCCAAAUACUAUGCCGCUCCACACCCGCCUACAGGCACAGCACCCACUUCCACCGACUACCCUGGUGCCAACCCAUACCCCACUGUCAAAGAGCAGCGAGCUUUCGAGAAAGGAUUGCUUGAGAAGACAAACAAGUCCACCAGCGAUGUCAUUUUAUACGAUAACAGGAUCGUGGUCUUCAAGAUGGAGAGCGACGUGAUGAUCUAUGUUGUUGGAAGCGCCGACGAGAACGAAGUGCUGCUGUACAAUGUUGUCUUGUCCUUGCGGGAUGCGCUUGGAAUACUCUUCAAGUAUGUUGUAACGUUUUCUCUAGGCCCUGAACAGAUCCGAGGAAUCUGGCGCAUGGGUGCCACCGACAAGCGGACUAUCGUGGAGAACUACGACCUUGUCGCACUCGCAAUCGACGAGACCAUCGACGAUGGAAUUAUCCUUGAGACCGACCCUGUCAUGAUUGCUUCUCGUGUCAGCCGUGCUCCCGCCGCGGAUGCGCCCAAUAUGAAAAACAUUGACCUCUCGGAACAAGGUCUCAUGAAUGCCUGGGAGUUCGGCAAGCGGCGCCUGGCCGAGGGUCUGCGACACAUGUAG